GCACGCUAGCUAUAAAUUCGAGGAGAAACCGCUCUCCGCUCCAAUCCCCCAACCGGCUGCUCCAAUGGCAACCUCCCGCCUCCUCCUCCUCCUCCUCCUCGUUUGCCUCGCCGCCUCCGCCGCGGCGGACGCCGGAGAAAACAGCCUCCGGCUGCCCCGCGACGCGAGCUUCCCGGCGGCGCAGGCGGAGCGGCUCAUCCGCGCGCUCAACCUCCUGCCCAAGGAGGCCGGGCCGGGCGGCGCCGGGGGUGACGAUGCCCCUAGCGUGGCGCCCGGGGAGCUCCUGGAGCGGCGGGUGAGGCUGCCCGGCCUGCCCCAGGGGGUCGGGGACCUCGGCCACCACGCCGGAUACUUCCGCCUGCCACACACUCACGACGCCAGGAUGUUCUACUUCUUCUUCGAAUCGAGGGGCAAGAAGGAGGACCCCGUCGUGAUCUGGCUCACCGGAGGGCCCGGUUGCAGCAGUGAGUUGGCCGUCUUCUACGAGAACGGGCCCUUUACCAUUGCAAACAACAUGUCCCUUGUUUGGAACCAAUUCGGUUGGGACACGAUCUCAAACAUCAUAUUUGUUGAUCAACCCACUGGAACUGGCUUUAGCUACAGCUCUGAUGAUCGUGAUACUCGUCACGAUGAGACUGGUGUCAGCAAUGACUUAUAUGACUUUCUCCAGGUGUUCUUUAAGAAGCACCCAGAAUUUGCAACGAAUGACUUCUAUAUAACUGGAGAAUCUUAUGCUGGGCACUACAUUCCAGCAUUUGCAAGCCGAGUUAACCAAGGAAACAAAGCAAACGAGGGCAUUCACAUAAACUUAAAGGGUUUCGCAACCGGUAAUGGUCUCACGGAUCCAGAAAUCCAAUACAAGGCCUACACAGACUAUGCAUUGGAAAUGAACCUUAUCCAGAAAUCCGACUAUGAAAGGAUCAACAAGUUCAUCCCACCAUGCGAAUUUGCAAUAAAAAUGUGUGGUACCAAUGGGAAAGCAUCUUGCAUGUCAGCUUAUAUGGUCUGCAAUUCUAUUUUCAACUCUAUCAUGGAGCUUGUUGGGACAAAGAAUUACUACGAUGUUAGGAAGGAGUGCGAAGGAAAUCUUUGCUAUGACUUCUCAAACUUGGAGAAGUUCCUUGGUGAUAAAGCGGUCAAAGAGGAACUUGGAGUUGGUGGCAUUGAGUUCGUCUCGUGCAGCACUUCGGUUUAUGAAGCAAUGCUCACAGAUUGGAUGAGGAAUUUGGAAGUCGGCAUCCCUGCUCUACUUGAGGAUGGGAUUAAUGUGCUUAUAUAUGCUGGGGAGUAUGAUCUUAUAUGCAAUUGGCUUGGAAACUCGAGGUGGGUUCACUCGAUGGACUGGUCUGGCCAGAAAGACUUUGUAUCCUCUGGUGAGACAUCCUUUGUAGUAGACGGUACCGAAGCUGGAGUUUUGAAGAGCCACGGACCACUAAGCUUCCUCAAGGUUCACAAUGCUGGUCACAUGGUUCCAAUGGACCAGCCGAAAGCUUCCCUGGAAAUGCUGAGGAGAUUCACUCAAGGAAAACUAAAGGAAUCGCGUCACGAAUCAACGAUUUUUAAGGCUAUGAUAUGAUUUACAUGACCGGAAUUGCUUACUGGGUAGCUUGAGGUGCCGUUUCACGGAGUAUCUGGAGCCUCUCCUUUUCCUUUUACCCUCCUUUUUCACGGUGUGAGCUGAAUGUAGUCCUCAUAAUAACGUUGGCCCAGCAAUGUAACUGCAGUUGAACUCAUCACUCAUGUAUGCUGUUAAGGAAAAAUCAAAUACACGAAGAGGACAAUGUUCAAAGGCC